AUGCACAACCGCAAUGCUUCUAGAUCUUCGCGACCCCGCAGCUCUACACGAGGUCCGCUUGAUGCAUCUGAUGAUCCUCUGUCAUCCCCGGGCUCGGCGCCUUCACCCAGUAUGAAUCAACAGAUCUUUACUGGCGGUAACGAUUGUUCUGGCGCUUCUCUUCACAAGCUGGACCCGCUAUCCCCGGAUGAACUCCCUGAAACCCAUGGAAAAGACCUUUCUUUUCUGCUACGACAUAAUAUUUACCAUCCGCUUUCCCAUAUCGAUGUGCCUUCCCCGCUUCGCUCGGAUUUCGUCGUCCUCAACCCCGGCGAACCGCUUUCGACGUCUCUCGGCGCAUUAGAGAAACUGCUGGUCGAAGGCCGCUUCUUGAUUGCCGCUCACUUUGCUGGUUCUAUCUUGACCUCAUCGCUGGUUUCACCCACCGACAUUAAGAUCAUCUUCUGCUUGUUCUAUACCCGUCUUGCCUGCUUGGAGCUGUCUGGAAACACAGUUCUCGCCGCGCAAGAGUCGAAAGCUCUGGAAGACCUGAAUUCUCAAUUCUACUACAUAGACCCCAGACUUUCCCAGUCCGAAGGCGACAAUAAAGACCGCAAUGAUGGUGAACCGGACCCCUUCCCUCGUCACAUCGUCCCGUGGCCACUUCGCGUUUUGGCAGUCCGGCUUCAGAGCAUUGGGUUCGGUGACUCGCGCAGGAGUAUUGGCGGCUUAUAUGAAAUUGGACUGGAAGCGCGAAGCCGGAUAAUGAAGCGCGAUAUCUCAGAGUCGGAAAGAAAGAUCUGGAUAGACCGACUAGCAGACUUGGGGAUACGAAGCGUCAAUGCGCUGGUUGAAAUGGGUGACCUCGAUGCAGCCAAGAGGAUUGGGGAUCUCGAUGCGGCCGAGGGCAUCUUCGAGGGCUCUGGUGGAUCCAAAGAAGCCGCCAUGUUAACCCCUCUACUCAGCAUGUCAGAUGGUCGCUACCAGAAUGCAAUUGACGAGUGGCGCAUGCUACUGGAAGACAAUCAGAGGACCGAUGGAGCGCUGGUCGCACAAAACCUUGCCGUGUGUCUUCUUUACACCGGCCAAUUGGACGAGGCUCGUCAGCUGUUAGAAUCUCAAAUUUCAGCAAACCACUCAUUUAGCAGUCUGAUAUUCAACCUUUCAACCGUCUAUGAGCUGUGCUCUGACAAUGCUGGUCAAUUGAAGGGGCAGCUCGCGUUGAAUAUCUCGAACCAGCCCAUUUCGGGCCGAACUAAUCUAGAUCGAUCGAACGCGGACUUUAAGCUUGGUUAUUAA